ACCAGCAGGGGGCGCAGAGCAACCUGACAUGAACACCAGAGAAGAAGAGGCGGAACCACGAUGUAAACAAAGCUAAACAUCGCCAACUAUUAAACAUCUGUUCCUCUAUUUCCCGAUCAAUUUAAAACUCUUUACUUUAUUGUAUAUCUCAAUCUGACUCUCUUCAACCGGAGCUUAGCAUCCCGCGGCUAACCUGUGAGCUAACUGAAGCUAGCGGAGCGGAGAUGGAUGAAAACAAGAUGGUGACCGGUAAGGUGAAGAAACCGGGGAAACGCGGCCGUAAACCGGCGAAGAUCGACCUGAAGGCGAAGCUGGAGCGAAGCCGUCAGAGCGCCAGAGAGUGCCGCGCCAGGAAGAAGCUCCGGUACCAAUACCUGGAGGAGCUGGUGUCCAGCAAGGAGAGGGCCAUCUGCGCCCUGAGGGAGGAGCUGGAGAUGGUACCACCUUUAUAUACUUGA